GACAGGUGAGCUGCAGUCAGUCAGUCAGUCAGUCAGGUGAAGGUGAAGAUGAAGCUGGAGCAGUUCCUGGUCGUCACUGCAGUGAUCUGCGCCGCCGCCAAACCUCUAAACGAGGCGGCACCGAGGAACAAACUGCUGCUCAUCUCUUUUGACGGCUUCAGGUGGGACUACGACCAGGAUGUGGACACGCCGCACCUGGACCAGCUGGUACUGGACGGAGUCAAGGCCAAGUACAUAACCCCCCCGAUGCUGACCAUGACCUCCCCGUCCCACUUCACCACCAUCACAGGCAGAUGGGUGGAGGAUCACGAGGUCGUCCACAACAUGAUGUACAACGCCACGACGAACCAAAAAGUUUCUCACAAAGAGACGCUGACACGAUCGGAGUGGUGGGACAACGGAGUUCUGCCGUUGUGGAUCACAGCUCAGAACCAGGGUCUGAAAACCGGCUCCUUCUACUUCCCAGGAGGCGGAGCCAACUACAGCGGCCAGGCGGUCUACAGGUCACUGUCGGAGGAGUCCGGCCACCCAGACGACAACGAGACCGAGUGGCGUCAGAACAUCGACGAGGUGAUGAGCUGGUUCUCUGAGGAGGACUUCCACCUGGUGACGCUGUACUACGGUGAGCCGGACAACGUGGGGCACGCCAAGGGGCCGGACCACCCCGACAGGAAGAAGAUCAUCAUGCAGAUCGACCGCAUCAUCGGGUACCUGAGGGAGGCUAUCAUUCGCCAUGACCUGAGCGACACUCUGAAUGUCAUCAUCUCCUCUGACCACGGCAUGACGACCGUCAAGAAGCGACCGCAGGUGGACGAGAUCAUACUCAACAAAUACCUCAAUCUGAUCCAGCACGCCAGCUUCGAGAUCCUUGACUACGGGGGUUUUGGUAUCUUGACGCCGCGGCCGGGGAAGGAGCAGGUGGUGUUCGACGCCCUGUCCAAAGCGCCCAAUCUGACAGUGUGGAAAAAGGACGAGUUUCCUGAGAGCUUCCAUCUCGCCAAAAGUAAACGGCUGCCUCCCAUCGUGGUCGUCGCAGAUCUGGGAUUCAACUUGAACUCUAGAUUCAUCGUCUACAUCAACAAGGGAGAUCACGGCUAUCACAACGGGGAGAUGGACAUGAAGACCAUCUUCAGGGCCUUCGGUCCAGACUUUAAGAAGAACUUUGUGUCCGAGCCGUUUGACAGCAUCCACAUUUACCCUCUGAUGUGUAAACUGCUGCAGAUCAAACCUGAAGCACACAACGGAUCACUGAGCGUCACAGAGGACUUUCUGCUGCACAGCGGUGGACCAUCAAGAGCUCGUCUGUCCGCCGCCCUGCUGCUGCUGUCCACGCUGCUCGCCAUGUUCUCGCCGCUCUAAUAGGGCGACCAUCACAUCCACAUCUCCAUCUUUUCUCUCUUUGGUGUUUUUAACUGCUCUGACUUUAUAACAUUUGAUCUUUGUGAACUUUAUGAUGUGUGAUAUUUAAACACAGAACAAACUUAUGAUUGAAUGUUUUUAUGUUUUUUGUCAAUAGAGAUCAUUCACUGGUUUCUACUGAUGCAGGCGUCUGUUUGUUGUGUUAAGAGUUGUGACGCUAACGGCUCAAAUAA